AUGCACUUUCCCAUUCUUGCAAUCUUCCCCCUGGCUGCGAGUGCAGUAAACAUCAUCUCAUCCAAUGAUGAUGGCUGGGCGGAAGUGAAUAUCCGCGCUCUAUUUGAGUCCCUAGGAGCGGCUGGGAAUUCAGUUGUUGUAUCUGCACCCGCUGAGAACGAGAGUGGCACGGGAUCAAAGCAAAAAACCCCGACUGUCUUGACUGGACCGUGCGAGUUCAAUAGUUGCCCUUCUGGCAGCCCGGCCGUGGGAUUCAAUUCCUCAGAGCCCCGACUUGGAUAUGUUAAUAGCUACCCAGUGACAUCUAUGAAAUACGGUAUCGAUUCGCGCGCCCCGCAAUUCUUCAACGGCCCUCCGGACUUGGCGGUCGCAGGCCCAAAUGUCGGUAAAAACAUUGGGCUCACAGUUUACGUUUCUGGCACAGUGGGCGCCGCCACCUAUGCUGCACACGCUGGAAUCCCCGCUAUCGCCUUUUCCGGCGCUACUGGCUCCCAGACUUCAUGGAAUACUACGCGGCCUCACUAUAGCAAUGUCUAUGCCGAUUUGGCGACUAACUUAACAAACCAGGUAGUUGCUGCUGGAAAACCGUACUUACCGGACGAUGUCUGGCUGAACGUCAACUUCGGAAAGGUUUCUGACUCCAGAUGCACAAAUCCGGCCGAUUUCUCUUUUGUACUCUCUCGUAUCCAUAUCGCACUUCCGUUUAUCACUCCAGAUGAUGUGACCACGUGCGGCCGUUCGAGACUACCAAGCGAACUUGAAGUAUCGUUAGCGUCUGGGUGCUAUGCAAGUGUCUCAGUCGGGAUGGCAGCCUCGAAAAGCGAUGCCAACGCUACAAUACAGGGGGUUGUUUUGAAGAACCUGGGCAAUUUGUUGACUUGUCUACCCUGA